CACAAGUUUAACGCAAUCUUCGGGCGUUUUUUCCUCUUGGUAAACUUUUCUCUCGAAUACAGGAUUGUCCUGCUUCGUCUUCAUGUGUGCAUUCCUCUUCAGGGGCUAAUGUCGUUCUCACGCGUCAAAAGCCUCGUAACCCCGGCGAAAAGUCGCACCGCUCGCGGAUAAACGGGAAAUGCUCAUCCACUUCCAGAGUACAAUGACAACGUUACUUGCGCGAGAGAUGACGAGGAAAGGGGGAAGAAAAACUCCUGAUGGCAAAGAGAACGGGCAACUCGAAAAGCAGAAAACGCCUUUUCGGUACGCAACCUCCCCAAAGUCACGACGCUCUCCUAGCGACAUGGCAUGCGCCAGACCAGAAGCGGGAGGCACCUGACGAAACCCGGGCGUUUCCUUGUGCCUUCACUGGAAAACUGCUAAGUUGUCACAUCUAUCCACUAACUUCUGUUUUAGACGCCUUAAAUCGUCGUUCCGGGCGGCAAACCACUGCCACCACGCCUUGAGCGCGCAACCCUCGUGAGGCGCUGUCGCUGCCGCGUUCUUAGCUCCCUUUCCAAUCUCAUGUCUCUCGGAAUGUUUUUUUCUCAAUUGGCACGCGCAAUCGACAACAAUGUCAUGAAUUCUCAUGCGGUUUGAGCCGCCGUACCUUCCUCAGCACCGUGGUUUGGAACGGGAUCGGGUAUUGAACUCGCCAGGCGGCCGUAUCUCGCGGCCGAAUCCCACGCAAACUUCGGCUUCCCGCCUUUUUCAGAGUUACCAUGGGAACUCUUAAGAUCCUCCGCUGGCCUCCGGCAGCGUGGACGCUUCCAUGUUGUAUGUGUCUCGCUGUUUUUACUGGCGCGGCUUUCAGGCAGAACCGUCUCCAAGCCGUCGCUUUCGCAGCUCCUGUCUCUCGCGAGUUGCCCUUUUCACCUGCUGCUCAGACACCAGCGGCCACCGACACAGGUGUUUUGCAGAGUGAAAAUGCCGCUCGAGAUAAAUUCUCUGCUUCAGGUUUCUUUUCUGCGGGAAACAGGGACUUUAACCAAGCGUCUUCUGCGCCAGUUCCUCCGCUACAGACUCGGAGGAGUCGCGCGAAUCUCAGCCAGGAACGCCUCUCAGAAACACCCAAAGCGGUCGUUUUCCAGACUCCACCUCCGGAAAGUGCAGUCGCGUCGGCCGCCUCGUCGAUAUCGGCCGUCAAUCUCGCCGGACCGGCAGUUCCGCCAACUCUGAUUGAAAAUACCGCGAACAGCGACGUGGCUUUGCCGCGAACCCAAACUCCGGUGGCCCCUCCUGCACAGAAGUAUGCCGAGACUCCGGUGGAUGUACACCGUUCUUCCCCUGUUUCUUUCAACGACACGCAGUUGUCGACUGUUCAGCCCGGUAACCUGGGUGGAACUGCUGCCUUGUCUGCCCCAGAUGUGGCGCGGAAAAAUCCGGAACAGUUUCCAAGCCACCUUGUUCAGUCGAAUGCCGACCAAAAUGGUAUUUCUGGCGCGUCGACACUGGCGCCUGCCGGCGGAAACGGCGUUGCUACGCUGCAGUCCCCGCGUACACCAGAGGCUCCCGUUUCGCCGGCCCAGGCUCGCAAUACAGAGGCUGCAUCUGUGACGCUGAACCCAGCGACGGUUCCCGGUGAAGAGCGGCGCGGGAACUCAGGUGGAUCAGAUGAAAAAGGCGACAUGGCAAGCUCGCAGAGUCCAGACACACACGGGACGCGUUCAGACUUCCUGCCUUCUUCAGGUUCGAUAGCGUCUGCCGCCGAAUCCGUCUCGGGUCCAGAGUUGGAGGCGAGGGAGCACACCACAGAUGAUGCCCUCGAGGAGAGCCGAAAAAAACUCGAGGCGCUGCGAAACGCUGCCAAAGCGGUGGAGGCGGUUCGCGCUCCGGUAGAGCAGCCUCCGUUUGACGCCCAUGAACCAGGCUCGGCUGACCGUUACCGCGCCUUCGAUAGGACCGUUCCAGGCGGUCAAGAGACACUGCCCUUCGAAAGGGUCGUCACAGCUCCUACUUCCACUGCAGCUGAAGACCUGACGCAGUCUCGUGAGAGCCGUGACAUCCCCUCUGUGCCUCAAGCGCGAACUCACAGCAGAUCUCCAUCGCAACAGCAGUCGGGGGGUCCAGGCCCUCAUGGACGAGGCGCACCAGAGACUGGCGGUGUGGAGCUGCGAGACAAAUCGUCUUUCUCACAAACUUUUUCAGAUGUUCCUAACUCGUCUGUUCGGCGUGACUCCCCUUCACAUGUGUCACCACGUGAAACUUCUCUUUCUCCGGUUCCUCUUCCUUCUGCUGAUCCCCGCGCUGGGGCUCCAGAAGCCGGAGGCGGGACGCGCGUCGGUUCUGAGGAGUUAGAAGGGAAGCGGGCGGACCAGGAAACGCUGCGUAUCGAGGGGCGUGGAGACGAGGUCGAGUCUCCGUCUGAAGCGAAGAAGGCGCCACCUGUGUUGCCGACCGCCUCGUUCUUCUCCAUUUGUUGCCUUCUCGCUGGCCUUUUCGUCUUCGCCUGUCUCGCCUCAGCAGGAGGGAUCGGGGGCGGCUCUGUUUUCGUCGCCCUCCUCGUGGGCCUCGGCCACAUGCAACUGGCUUACGCAGUCCCCAUCAGCAAAGUGAUGGUCUUCGCAGCCUCCUUCUGCAGUUUCGUGCUGCAUCGGAAACUUGAAAGGCAAACUGCUGAAAACGCUCGAGCAGUCGCGCAGGACUGGGUCGAUUUGCUGGUCCCUCUCGCACUGUCUGGGUCUCUGGUGGGCGUUGUUCUGAACACGAUUUUACCGGGUUUCUACCUGUUACUGCUUCUCUCUUGCCUCUUGUUUGGUCUUUCGGCUCGGACCAUGUUGUCUGCAAUGCACCUCUACAAAAAGGAAGUGUCUCUCGCGGUUCAACAGCCUUUCGAAGAAAUUUUCCUUCCAAGCCCGACGACUUCGCCUCGUCGCUCGUCUUCCUCCGGCUCUGGGUCUCCCUUUCACGCCUCCUGCACAGCAUAUCGCCCAGAUUCGCAGCUGUCAACGGAUGGGUCUCGGCUGUCAUUUGCCGUCGCAGCGACGCACUGCUCAGGUCCUCCGUCUCCCUCGUUCUUUCCGGAAGAGGGCCAAGACAGAGCAAGUGAGGAAAACGCUUCUCCUUCGCGUCUGUCCCGUCCUCCAGGGAGUUUACCAGCUGAGGCUCUGCUCGUGCCAUGUUGCGGAGAAGCGGAGACACACUCUCCUUUCAUUCGAUCCAACGGAGACGAGAAAGACCAAGAGCCCUUCGCAGCCGCCCGCUCGGAGAAGACACCUGUGGGGCUCCAGAGGCCAAGAGAAGGUCGAAAUCCGUUUUCAGACGAGGAGGCCGCCGAACCGUUUCUAGAGCAAGCUGGAGAGAGUCGAUCCUUCGAGCGCAUGCAUCCAGAGUGGGUGUUUCCGCCUGGUGGAAAUUCGAAUCCUGUUGAAGAAGAGGACGCGACCGCUCUUCUUCACGGCGGUGAAGACGGGAGACAGGCUGGAAAAGGCGGAGCGGCUUCGGGCGCUGAAGGCUUCGAACCUCUACGCUUAGACAGGCGACUGUGGAAAGAAGAGGCGUGGAGACAAACGUCUGGGGAAAGCGAGAUUGACACGGAGGUAGGAGAGACCGGAUCGCGGCGAGGGAAGCACGGGAAAGGAGACAGAGAAGAUGCUGAACCCAAAAGCGAGGAAGGCAUCAAAGAAGAGGAAGAAAACGGUGCGAGAUCGGGGAAGAGGAACUCUCGAGACGCGAGAGCUGGAAUGACUGUAGAUGUGGAAAGUGUUGUUUCAUCGCCGGAAGCUCUUGAUGCCAGCACGAGGAAUGGCCUCGCCUCUGGUGUUGACUCUGUGCCGUCUGCUGCCCCCAUUCCUCCGUCUUCAUCUUCGCCUGCGUAUCCGGCCUUCCCUCGAUUUUACUCGCUAGAAGACGAAGAAGAUCUCACCCACAUCUCGUUCAUGCAGGCGGAGACAUCUGAAGAAAGGGGCAGUCUCCCUGCCUCUGUGUUGUCGGCGCUCGACCCUGCCCUCGACUCGGAGUUCCUCGCUGCGUUGCCCGACCGAAAUGCAGCGAGAGGGCCUCUGUCCAAGGCUCUGAAUUUGCUUCGCUCUGCGUGUGAAGGCAUGGUUUCUUCGGCGCAGGACGGUGGGGCCUCUUCCUUCUCUUCUGGACAGACGCCGAUCGAUCCAACUCUGCUUCUCCCCUCAGCCUCGGCACUGUGUCCUGGAACGAAUCUCGAAGCGAGCAACCCCCGCCCGGUUUCUCCUCGCUUCGCUUCCACGGAGCAUCUGGCGUCGUACCAGCGUUUGUCAGGCGAGGCGAAGCGGCCGGAAGAGGGGGCUCCAGGGGACCUACGAUGCUUGACAGAAGGCCAAGGAGUUGCCAGGCGAGAGACUUUGAUUGUCGACACUUCGGCGCGUCUCCUGCAAGUGGGUGUGUCUUCAGAAGCCUCGCUCGAGGCUGAUCGUGCCUGUCACGGGGGGCUCGUCGCGUGGCUGCGAGCCUUGCCUGGAUUUGCGAAGGCGCGGAAAGCCGUUGGACAAGUCGAGAGACUUUGUUUCCAAGGAGACGUAGAGAGUCCGCACUACUUUGUGCUUCUCCUCCUGCUUCUCGUCCACGUUUUUGCCAGCUCGCUUCUGCACCUGCUCCUCAAACACGGAGCAGGCCGCGCCGCGGCAGUCGUCGCCGCGCUGGCGCUCCUUCUAGGGGUGUCUGUACAGCUCAGACUAUCCGUGCUGAUCUUCAGAAAACACUUUCCCGCGGGAACUGCGCCGCCGGCGCCGACGCUUCGCGAGGUUCUCUCUGCGGUUUCUGCAAGUGUGGCAGCGCUGUGGAGACAUCUGAAGAAGGUGGGGAGAGCGGCAGGUAGGGCGGCAUUUGCUGUCGGUGAAUUGGGGAAAAACGCGCUGCAUAGAUCGGGACUCUUUGCCGCGGCCCCGGCCUCUGUCGCGUUUCUCGAGCACGACUCGGGGCGCGAUUCGAUCGAAGUUGCGGAACUCAGUGUGCGCGGGCGGUUUCGAAACGCUGGCGAGAAUCCGUUCCUAUGUGCCGUCGGGGACAUUCAGGAAAUUCGUUUGUCUGAAGAAACUGGCCAGGAAAAUCUAUCUCAUUUGUCUCUCGAUCUGACGGGGGUAAGGCAGUCUGGCGACGACCACCGUGGGCAUUUUUCGAAGAAAACCUCCGGCGCAAGACCGUUCGACGACGCCCGGAACCGGGACUGUCCCUCCGGCGUGGACGACGCUGUCCGGCUUUCGUGGACGUCUCUCUGCUUUGAGGGGUACAUUGUUUCGCCCGUUGCUGCACUUCCCCCGUUGCUGCUUACGCCUUUUAUCGGCUUCUUGACUGGUGUUUUUGCGGGGCUUGUGGGCAUAGGCGGCGGCGUCGUCUUCUCGCCGUUUCUCCUGCUCAUGGGGAACGACCCCGUGUCCGCUGUCGCGACAGCAUCCGCGUGCGUCGUUUUCACUUCUUCGUCCACCUCGCUCCAGUUUCUGCUCAUAGGCCGACUCCCCAUUCUUUACGCUUCGCUCUUCGGCCUCGUUGCCGCCGCCGCGGCUGCAUGUGCCACCUGUGGAAUUCACAGACUGAGGCGCGCCGUCGGCGGCAGAAUGAGCGUCAUUGCUGGGUGUGUAGCCUCUGCUGUCACCGUCGCUUCCGCUCUCACCGUGUGGAGAUGCAUAGAAGUUGGCAUUUAUGGCGAGUGAAGCGGAGCAGAAACGGUGAAGUAGCGGUCGAGUGUUUGUGGGAUUUCUCCCGCGAUAGGUAGUAGGUACCUCACAGGAAGACGAAACAAAGAGCCGCUUCAGGUUGAUCACGACUGUUGGUUCACUGACUUUCCAAGCACGGGGUAGAGACAAAGUGUAAGGCAGAAAACGAGUUUUGACGGGAAUUAGAAUCUUCUAUAUCUUCUUGGUGGUAAAGACGGAGGUUUAGUAAAAUUGAGGGGCGAGCCGCUGGCCUCGAAUGGUUCAGGAAAACGGCCGGGGAAAAUGCCACUCUUUCUGCUGGAGUCCAGUGAGCGGUGCAGUUGUGUAGACGGCUGCGGAUGUGGGAAAAAAAUGACUGCGGGUAGGUUAGUCGCGCUGAUCAAGAUCGGGGAACAUUUUCGAGGCAAAUGCACAAGAGAUCUUGUGGCUGAUCUCUUUUUCGAAAGACGGGGAACAAAGCAGGCGGUACACGCCUGAACGGAUAGAAACAUAUGUGGAAAGUCUGCUCUCGCGACGCGCGUACGUAUACAUGUGCUAGGUAGUUCAACUGGAUGUGGCGUCGGCGGUUCGCACUCGUGUCCCUGCCCGUGUAAAGAAAGAAACAGCAAGGCAGGUGCGGGAAUCGCGGAAGUGGAGGGAUUUGUUUUGGCUCAUCUCAUGGAGACACCGGCGUGGCUUUUUCCCAGGUGCGGAAGCAUCAACAAAAGAUCACUGAGCGAUCUCCAGGGUCAGGUUCGGGGGCGCGGCCGAACGCUGUCGAAGCCGCCUUUUCUUAUGAAACAAACUCUGUGAUUUUCGUCAGCGUAAAAUACCUCUGGCAAGAGGAACUAAAGGGCACUUGCCCGGGUGUAACUUUCUUUUCAGUGAAGAGUUACCAAGAUGACACGGUGAUCGCUGUACAGAGACAACGAGCUGUUACCGCACCGCGUACACAUUUCUCUGAGAAAAAAUCCAUUCCAACACUGGAAGGCUCUAACCAGUCACGAAGUCACCGCUGCCGUCGCCUCUGACAGGAAAAUAGAAGGGAACCGAGAGAACGGAAGAACGGAGAAAUGGCAGUCCGCCGGUAGGCAGGGAGGUGACAAUAAUAUAGAUGAUCAGGGACCGGGGAGCAGACUUUGUGACGCUUCUUGGCUAGUGCAUCAAAAAAGCGAAUGUAAGGUGCACAAAAAGUGAGAGUAUCUUGGCUCACUUAAAGAACGAUACGAGAUGCGGUACACUGAAAUAGUGAAGAAAGCGGUUUACGAGCAAUAUGCUUCUGCAUCCCCUCAACGUUUACAGCCAGUUUACUGGUAAGCAUGUAGCAACGGAGCUAUAUAUAUCAACAAAGAGAGAUCACACAAGAUCCGCAGACAGUGCGUUAGUUUCGCUGUAUUACACACACACAGCAGAAUCAGAGUUUUCCUGUGUUACGUGGGGGCAAACAGGAUAUCUUUCAGAUCUAAAGGGUCAAUUCGCUCUGUUUCUUUCUUACCCUACGUCAACACUGCCGUCACACCCAAAACAGGCAGACAGGUUUUUUUCAAACUGUGAUCGCUUGUCCCAGUUAAAAGAACGUCUGGCACAAGGUCGGUUCAACAAGGGAACAACCCGACUCAACUGGUAAUCAACCACACCACCAGUAUUGUGAAUAAUGUAACAACGAACACAGAGUGCGUUCCACCGAUGAGACUCCCGGGUCUCAGCUCCGAGGAACUGGUGGUGCGCAAUGUCUCCGUCCGCCUUUGAUUCUUAAGAAAUCUAGGUGAAGGACAGUGCGCAAUGAGUGUGGCUUUUUCCAGAAUCACUUUCAUUCUGUUCCGUACAACCCGUCGAAUGUUGAAGACCAAUGCGCAUGCCACUCGGAAACUUGCCCGACGUGCGAGUGAUCUGUUUUUUUCCUACGAGAUACAGGUUCCCGUGAAAAUGAAGAUUCUAAAAGUGACCGCAGGGUAACCCCUCGAGGUAACAUACCCUGCAACACUGAAAACUCGGCCUUUCUUGUGGCAAGAAAGGCCGUUUCUCACCCGCUCUGGUAAAACCGCAAGAAUCCCUAAACCCUACAGCCUAGACGUCAAUACCAGGAACGUGCGAGGUCUCUAAACAAGGAACAGGAAGGAUUCGCCUGGGGGAGGGACGGUUUUUCCAGAGACCUCGCUGGUUCCAUCUUUGAAACACCGGAGACGAGAAACACCCUCUCGCGAUUUGCAGCGAUCCGCGUUUCGUGC